CGUCAUCUGUAAUUUUGACUCGUUCGACCGGCAACCUGUAGUACAACCACAAGAGAAAGCAACAGCCGGAAAUCUUGCCCAAAAUGUGCCGCCGAAUGUGCAGACUUGCCUCCAUGCUACUGAGUCAUACAGACAAGAGCGCGUUCUACACUUCACCGUGGUUUGCGGACCAGACGCCGUUCCUGGUGUACCGUGGUCUGGCCGCCAUCUUCACCUUCCUGGUGCUGCAGGGUAACAUGGUGGUGCUCAACAUCACCUCAAACUUCGGCUGGUUCUUGAAGUUCACGCACUGGGGGUUCGUGGCCCUGACCGCGCACAUGUGCGUGUCCGCCGCCAUUUGCCUCCGGGAACACGUCAAAGUCGGAAGGGACGGCCACGACGACUUUUUCGACGACUCCGCCCGACUUGAAGACGACGACUUUCAUCGAAACGGACCGAAGAUGGAGCAGGAAUCCUUAAGCCGCCAAUUAAGUAGUAAAAGUAGGCACCACGAACAAAGCAGAAACACGGGACCACUUCCUUGGUACAUGAAGUUAGACUGGGCGCUGUACAACAUCGCAUGCACCCACGCACUGACCAUUUCCACUGUAUAUUACUCCGCCAUGGGUGGAGAUCUCUCCACCAACAGUUGGCUGUUACACAUCAUGAACUCAGUCUUGGUCGUGACGGAGGUCCUUAUCUGUGACAUCCCCUCACGAAUUGCUCACGUCAUCUAUCCGGAGUUGUAUCUAGUGACGUAUGUGCUUUUCGUGUGCUGGGUUUCGUCUUUAGACGGGUUCAGGAAGUACAGCCAGGUGUACGUUUUCCUAGAUUUCGCGGGAAAGACCAAGAGGACCGCUUAUUUGGUUGUGGUAAUGAUCGUUUUCGUGGUGCCCGCUUUUCACGCGAUCGUGUACGUACUGUACAGGUGUAGACUGGCACUUCUGAGGAUGGUGCACGGAGGGGGUUUAAAGGCAGAACCCAAUAUUGGUCAGAAGGACGCUCAGACUCAGACAGAACCGCUGGUUGAACUGGCAACAGUAUAGAAUACGUGGAUAAAUGCCAGGUUUAGAAAUUAUUCUUAGUAUUGCCUGUAACAAAAGCAUAAUCUUACGUAAGUCUUGCUAAAUGUUAUCAUAACUGUACUGACUUAAUGUCAUUUUCCUGAAAU